AUGCGAGUUUGUCGCCUGGAUCCUGGCCGACAAUAUUCUGCAUAUAAGGGGGAACUCGACAGUAACGCGGCUAUGGCGUCGGACAAUCAAGGCUUUUCGAUUUCCAUCUCGCCGCUUCUUACAAGGCUCGCAUAUCCAGAUGCAGCCCCAUAUGAGGUGACAGCAGGGGAAAUCGCUGGUGCCUUUUCUCUCAUCUUCGAGAAUAAAUUAUCUCUCAUUCAGACUGCUGCAUUUCUCACCCUCUUACAUUCAACUGGCAAGGAUAGGGAUGCCGAUGUGUUAGCCCAAUGCGCAGCUCGAAUGAGAGAGGCUGCUGAGUCAAUUGAACGAACACCACUGUUGGCGCUGGCUAAGGAGCGAGAUAGAAAAGAAGGAGCUUAUAAUGGUGGCUUUUGUGACAUUGUUGGGACAGGAGGAGAUUCCCACCGCACAUUCAACAUCUCUACGACCUCUUCCAUUAUAGCGUCGCCAUUGCUAAUGAUUGCCAAGCAUGGAAAUCGGGCGCAAACGUCGUUCUCGGGUUCUGCGGACGUCUUGACAUCGAUCACUCCGACCCCACCCAACAUAUCUGCCGUUCGACCAGAGAAUGUCUUCAAGGUGUACGAGAAGUCAAAUUACUGCUUUUUCUUCGCUCCAAAUUUCCACACUGGCAUGAAAUUUGCAACUCCCGUUCGAAAAGGGCUGGGUUUGCGGACGAUCUUUAAUCUCCUUGGACCACUGGCAAACCCAAUUGAUUGGGGUAUUGAAGCUCGAUUGGUUGGCGUAGCAUACAAAUCCCUGGGCCCAAUAUUCGCAAACGUUCUGAAGCUCAGCGGGGUUAAAAAGGCGUUGGUAGUAUGCGGCGAAGAAGAUUUGGAUGAAAUUAGUUGUGCUGGAAAAACUAACUGUUGGAAACUCUCUGAAUAUCUCAAUCCUGAAUAUCAAGGCGACUCGGAUAGCAAUCCCGAAGAUGACGAGACUUUGGAUGAGGACGCGCCGUCCAAGACGUUGGUAAAAAUCGAACACUUCCAGCUUCAGCCUUCGGAUUUUGGGUUCUCUACGCGCCCACUUUCAGAAGUUGGUGGAGGCAAGAUGCCGAGCGAAAACGCGUUGAUACUCAUGAGUAUGCUCCGCAACGAGAUGCCUCGCGACCAUCCCAUCUUGGAGUUCGUGCUCAUGAACGUUGCGGCUCUCUUGGUUAUAUCUGGCAUCUGCGACGCUGAUACAAGUAAUAUGGGUCCUGGUGACAAUGGGGAAGUUAUAAAAGAGGUUGGUCCAGGUGGUGGACGCUGGAAGGAGGGUAUUCGGCGCGCGCGGUGGGCGAUCGAAAGUGGGAGGGCACUGAGCAGCUUGGAAAAAUUCAUAGAAGUAUCAAACUCGUUGUAA